AUGGCUUAUUCUACACAAUUACCACCUAGAGAUUUUUUAUUAAGUGUUUUUCAAAGGGUUGACAAAGAUGGCAGUGGUGCUAUUUCAGAAGACGAGUUACAACAAGCAUUAUCAAAUGGAUCAUGGACACCAUUUAAUUCUCACACAAUACGUUUAAUGAUAUCAAUGUUUGAUAGGAGAAAUACAGGAACUAUUAGUUUCGAUGAAUUUGGUGCUCUUUGGAAAUAUGUUACAGAUUGGCAAACAUGUUUUAGAAGUUUCGAUAGAGAUAAUUCCGGUACCAUAGACAAGGGAGAAUUUCAAACGGCUCUCCAGACAUUUGGAUACAGGUUGAGCGAGGGAGUCAUAGAUUUGUUAAUAAAAAGAUUCGAUAGGUCGAACAACGGAAGCAUAAGAUUCGACGAUUUCAUAGCUUGCUGUAUUGUUUUGCACAUGUUAACGACAGCUUUUAGGCAGCACGACACGGAUUUGGAUGGAAUUAUCACUGUUCGCUACGAAGAAUUUCUAUGCAUGAUUUUGAUGACUCUCGUCAUGUGA